AUGGAGACCGAAACCCGAGUCGAAUUACCGGACGGACACCUUGUAAACCUCUCACCACGACCCCAUAACCCCGGCCAAUAUCAGGCAUACCGAGCAGACUACGCGACGGAGCUCUCUGCUGGCUCUCCCUCCCGAUACAAUUUCCCGACCAGUACCCCCGACGUCUCGGGCUCUCGACACCCCGAAGACAAUAUGUUCCAGAGGGCAAAAGCAACCAAGCUUCCUGUCCCGAAGACUCUCAGUGAGAAGAGUAGGGACCAGCGGAACCAAACACCCAGUCCGACUGGAAUUCCUAAGCCAUCGCCUACAGGCCUUUCUACCGGCGGCUCAGGUGGCCCUCCGACUCAAUCAGGUGACCGAAACCGAGAGCACUGCUGGAGGAAGCUACGAGACCGAUUUGAAAAAGAGUCCCCGUUGACACAACGGUCCUCGUAUAUACGAUCAAGAAAUAGCGACCAAAAUGGUUCUCCAAAUCAGCAAAAUGCCCGACAAUCAAACAGAGACCGACCAGUCAACCAAGGGGGUCGAACUGGAAUUCCGAGUUCACAAAGCAACAGAGGCACUGCUCCAAGUGGACGCAAUGAUCUCUCGAUCAAUCUGGAUACAAAAAGGCAAUGGAACAAACGGACAGAUGAUUCCCCGCAAAAGUCGGAAAGGUCUGACACGACGUCUGAUUCGAGCCCUCAUUCACAUCCUUCUGUAUCGCCUAUCACGCCAGACGAUUCCAUGACCGACUGGGAAGACCGAUUCGUCGUCCAUAUGCCGUCUGCUAAAGAGCCCAACCCGCCAACCAUGACUGCCCAGCAAAUUGCGGAGUAUCAGAGAAAGAUCGAGCGCAAGCGUUGCGAGGGUCGUCGAGGUCGAGUCUCCGACACAAGUGCAGCUCCGAGCUCGCGAAAUGCAUCAGCAGAAAGAGAGAGUCCAAUAGAUCGCAGUUCAGAGCCACACCCGCGCUCACAGUCACGACCGGGUCACAAAACCGAAACCUUCAUGACCUAUACCGGCCAGCAACCUCAACCUCAAUCCAAGUCACCAUCAGAGAAAGAUCAAACACCACAACAACCGAAAGCAGCCCCAGCGCAAAACUCCCAAGCCAAUGCUAUACAAAACAACUAUUACAGCCCAGAAGAGAUUGGGAAGAACCGGAUCAGCACAAUAUGGGAGGAGUCUUCUCCUUCCAAACCCAAGGACAAGCGCACAUCGAAGAAUGAUGGCUCUUUUUUAGGGUGCAAGGAGAUCAAUGGUCCCGGCACCAAGAACCCAGACGAGAUUCUUCUUUUCGCAUCUGGCCCAGAAUCCGUCGAAAAUCUUCAACCUCGUCCUCUGGCAGUUGGCGGAAAGAAGAAACCAAAAGACGACUCCAAACGGAUGGCUGUGUAUCAGGCGGUACAGAAACCGGCGGAGACGAGCAAUUUUCUUCACGAAGAAUGGGCCGAAAUUUCUCAGAAUUCGAAGCAUGUCCAAUGCUCGAAGCAGUCACCCAAGACCCUGUGCCAGGACCCGAAUUGCUCGGAUCAGGAAAUUCCACGACCAGAGUCCCAGGGGUCGAGCAAAGAGAACGCUCAUCCGACGGAGAGUUCCGAGAAGUCCAACGAGAAGCCCGGCGACGAACGAAGCGAGGACGAUGUGUUCAUUAUCACACCCACUGUCACGCGAACAUUGAUCCCUACCUCGGAGAGCAAGUCCGCCGCUCAAAAAAUAUCAGGCUUGCGACGUCCCGGUGGCACUGGCCAGUCGGGCACCGGCGAGGCCGUGAAGGCCGUUCGAGCAAAGCCUCAGGUCGUCUCUACACCUUCUGGGCUGCGACCAGCCGGAGGAGCCUCGCAAGCCAAAUCGACCAAGCUCUCGCUGACAUCCUCCAAAACGACUCCCCUCAGCAACAUCCCCAAACCGAAGGACUCUCCCAACGCGAAAGACACCACCACGCCAAAAGACACUCCACCAAAGGAGACUCCGCCCAAGGAACAAGGCGAGCAAGAAAAAGGCGGCAGUCAAGCCGCGAGUUCUAUCCGUGGCUUCAUCCGUACCUCCGGGCUGGGAAAACCCAGCGGGAUGACGAGGUCUCCCACCGACAGCCUCGCUUCUAUUCUACGCAACGGCACCGAGUCUUUGCGAAACCGAGCAGAGUCCUUCCGUAAUGGCAAUGGCUCCCUGUACUUCAGCAGUCGCAAGGGCUCACCCGUUUCACAAACCUCCGGGCCGUCGAGAGACAAUUCAGAAUCAUCACGAUCUGAAAGAUCCUUCAGGUCUGCCUUGUCUUCGGUCAAGGAUACUCCACCAUCCUCGACGAAGCCAUCGCCGAUCAAACGGAAUUCUCCAACCACGAAGCGUGUCUCAAUUGACAGAGCGCCUCGGGAGAUGACUCCUCCACGUGAAAAUACAACCCCGCGGGAGAAGACGCCUUCGGCAGAGAAGUCUCCUACGGCCGAAGAGAAACGCAUCGCCGCGGAGAAGCAGGCUCGAGCAGAGAGACUCGAAAAAUUCAAGGAAGAGGCGCGCUCUCGACGAGCGACAAAAAUGGCCGCUGCAGACGAAGAGAAGUUGACCGAUCAAGCUGUCGAUGAGAUCGCUGAACUCGACGGACAUCAGGUUACUGGUUCUAAAUCCAAGGGCCACCUUCACUCCAACAUCACAAACGUCUGUGAUGACCUUCGUGAAGGUCUCCACCCAAGGGAUAAAGUCGACUCCGGUCAGGGAUCUAACGCCUUGGCUCUAUCAAUGGUCUUUGAAAUUAUUGUGAUGGCCAUCACUCACAUGCACAGGGCUGUCCACCAAGGGACGGACAGCCAAUACGCAAAAGUCCUGAUCAACAACGUUCUGAACAUGGCCCGCCAUUGCUACCGUGUCUUCAGCCGUGUCUUCAAGGUCAUCUCGCAGUACCAGGCAACGGGAACCUGGCCCAAAGCCAAGAAUGACAGGGCCAUCAGCCGAUUCUUGAUGGAGCUCCUCCAGGCCGUUCUCUAUCUCUUCGUCCUGGGAUUCGGCGCGCUGGUAGUCGGACGUGCAGCGAGCUAUGUCCUCCUAGUUGGAAGUUGGAUUAUUUGGUUUGCUAAACCAUUUGCCUGGGCAGUGCAGGGCAUCGGCCGUGCUCUGGUGAUGUGA